AUCGUAUAUUAAAAUUUGAAAAUUAUAUAAAAUAAAAAUGAAAUCAGUCGGUAAUGUAGAAAAGAACAAAUUCUAUAGUCGGUAAUGCAGAGAACGAUUUUUUCUUCAUAUAAUAAUCGACGAAGAUAAUCAAACAACUAGAUGAUGCAUGCCACACCAUGGAUAAUUUUGUAUUACCAAAAUCGAUUUCGUUUUCUGGAUCGAGGGAAUCUGCGGGAUAAUUUCUCGUGGUAGUUCGGUAGGGACGACGUUUAUCGUAUACAGAGUCGUCGUCGCGUUGUUUCCUUGAUUCUGAACACCCUCUAGAAAUGUUCUCGUAGAUGCUUCGUGGUGGUGCACUUCUGUUACGAUUUGGCAAAAGCCGUCAGUACAAAAUGUCCUUCGAACGAGCGUGGUCGGUGGUUGUUACAUGACAAUGAUCCUGAUCCCGACGAAGAUAGGAUCGAAAAGAAGGAACGGUGUUUUAGAUAAGUUCUAAAAAAGAAAAAAGAAAAAAAAUUUUUUUAAAUUUAAAGCACGCAUCUUUUACGAAUAUUUUAUUUUUUUUAUUAAUAUAUAUUUUAUAUUAAACAACGAUACGAUAAUAUCGUGAUUUUUUAAGUGUUACGAAAAAUAUUUUUGGUACAAUUUUAUAAAUCAAAAUGAGAAUAUCAUAAUAGUUCGACGAUUUCGCGUUUAACAUUUUUUUUUUUUUUUAAAUCAUUCUACAAUAAAGUUUGUUUGUUUCUUUUAUUUUUUUGUUACCGUGGAAGAAAGUGUGUAAUUAAAGAAAAAAAAUAAUUAAUAAUCGCAAAUUGAACAUUCAACCUCGUUUUCUAAUAUUAAAGCUUUUAAUAUUAUUAACAAUAAUCGUAAAUGGAAAAUAACAACAACAACAACAACAAUAAUAAAUAAUAAUAAAUGGAAAUAAUGUACGUCUAUUUAAAAUUAGUGUUUAUCAAUUUAAUAUUGGAGUGGACAAUUUGUAAAAAAAUCGUAAAAUGUUCGUGAGAAAGGAUCGAAAGGAUCUAAUGAUCAAGGCAGUUAGAACGUUUGCAUUAUUAUUAUUAUUAUUAAAUGGUGAAUUUCAAUCGGUUCGUCGAUCUUUCGGCGAGUCAUGCGUUUGGAUAUUCGAUUAGAUUUAUUCUUCAAUGACCAUCGUCGAUUAAUUCAUUUUCGGGUCCUUCGUAGUCUAACGUUUUAUCGACGGGGUCGAAGAAAACAGACAUCCAAUUGAAAAGAAGAAAAAGAAAAGGAAGAAGCAACAAGAAAGAAAAAGAAAAAGAAGAAAAAGAAACCAGUUUACCGGAAGUAAUUUCAUUUGUGAGACCAAUCCUCGAUCAAGAGUGUCUGUCACGUGAUCUUUAAGAGGUUAUGUGACUGCCAGGAAGAAAGAAUAGACAAGAAACUAGAAAAUUAAAUUUUAUUUCGACUUCUUCUCAAUCCUACUUCACCUUACUUUACCCUUCUUCUGUCUAUUGUUAUUUUUUAUUUGUAUUUUUUGGGAUCACGUCGUCGCUGAUAUUAAAAAGAUAAUCUAUCCAGGGGGCCAUCGUGAGAAAAAAAAGAAAUGAAAAAUACUAGAAAACGAUGAGAAUUACACGUGUCGCGCAAAAAUUCGCGAGAAACCUAAUGAAAAUCGUAUAAUUCGCAAAAUACACAUACACACACGCACGUUGAUUCUUUGACCAAAAGUGCAGAAAACAAAACAAAAAAACAGAAAACUAAAAAUUAAAAAAUAUUUCUAAUCAAGAUGGAAAGCAUAUGGGAUAUCGUAAUAGAAAAUUUAACGGAACAAUCGAAUUCUAGCAGCAUAUGCAAUGGCACAUUAAGAAACAAUGAUCCAACUUGCGAUACAUAUGAAAAUGAUAUUGGUUACGAUCGUGAUCUCAUCGAAAAAAUAGUCAGCGUAAUCGUGCCGGUUUUUUUUGGCAUGAUCGGUAUUCUCGGAUUGAUUGGAAACACAUUGGUAGUCAUCGUCGUGGCUGCUAAUCCAGGAAUGAGAUCAACCACGAAUAUAUUAAUCAUCAAUCUAGCAGUGGCCGAUUUACUUUUCGUCAUAUUUUGCAUACCAUUCACGGCUACAGAUUUUGUUCUACCUUAUUGGCCGUUUGGUAAUGUUUGGUGUAAGAUUGUCCAAUAUCUUAUCAUCGUAACCGCUUAUGCUAGCGUCUACACGUUAGUCCUCAUGAGUCUUGACAGGUAUUUGGCAGUAGUUCACCCAAUAACAUCUAUGUCCUGGAGAACCGAGAAUAAUGCAAUUUUAGCGAUUGCAAUCGCAUGGGCGGUUAUAUUUGCGUUAUCCACGCCAGCUCUUGUUAUUCACGGCGAGAUUCACUUUGUGUUUCAGGAUAUGGAAGACUGGUCGUCGGAAAAUCUGACGGCCUGUCGGAUCUUACCGCAAUAUGAUUGGUCAUUUUUCCAAUUAUCCUUCUUCUUAACGAGUUAUUUGCUGCCAUUGACGCUGAUAUGCGUCUUUUACGUUUGCAUGCUUGUCAGAUUAUGGCGUGGGGCACGUGUUAGUGCCGAAAGUCGACGAGGUAGAAGACGAGUAACACGAUUGGUCCUCGUAGUUGUUGGAGUUUUUGCUAUAUGUUGGUGUCCUAUUCAGGUGAUAUUGGUUACGAAAUCUUUUGAUGCGUAUCCAUUGAGGUCGGUGACGAUUAUAAUCCAAAUAGUGAGUCACAUUUUGGCUUAUACCAAUAGCUGCGUCAACCCCAUCCUUUACGCUUUUUUGAGCGACAAUUUCCGGAAAGCCUUUCGGAAGAUAAUCUAUUGCAGAUCACGACAAGAUCAACAAAGAUCCGGUCCACCUACGAAAACUACCAGAGCCGCAAGCACCGGUGACAUCCUUUGAAUAGAAAAAUCUACGCCCACCGAUAUAAUUACUGCUGGACUGACAGAAUCGGUACUGAAUGUUUCUGUAUAAUUUUAAGAAGAUAAA